UUCUGGACCCGUCUCCAACCCCUGGCAAACACCAUCAGGUCCGCUGAGCAGGCCAGAGCCAACAGCCCCAGAGGCCCCACCCAAGCUGGGCCAUGGCUGAGCCUAGAGGGCAAUUGCCAGAGGAGGUGCUAGUGUUCAUCUUUCGCCAUCUGCCCCUGAGGGACCGUGCUGCUGCUGCCAGGGUCUGCAGGGCCUGGGCCAUGGCUGCCACCUGCAGCACUGUGUGGCAUGACACCAACAUCAGUUGCAACCGUGAGAGGGAAGACAUGCUGCCGCCACAUAUGUCUGCCUGCCUGAACCACAUUCGCAACCUACGACUGGAAUUUGAGCCAUCGAGGAAGCCAAGCCGCCAGACGGCCACCGAACUGUUGACCGAGCUGGCGGGCCGUGCCUCGGGGCUGCGAAGCCUGCGCCUGGAAUGCCGCGGAGAAAAGCCGCUCUUCGAUGCCGGCCGAGACGUCCUGGAUGCAGUGCACGCUGUUUGCGGGAGUGCCCGCGAGCUGCGCCAUCUAGACCUGCGACGCUUGCCCUUCACGCUGGACGACGCACUGGUGCUGAAGGCAGCAAGUAACUGCCCCGAGCUCCAUAGCCUUUUUCUGGACAACAGUACGCUGAUUGGCAGCGUGGGGCCCGGCUCCGUGCUUAAGCUACUGGAGGCCUGCCCGCACCUGCGCGCCCUCGGACUGCAUCUGGCCAGUAUGUCGCGCGCCUCCCUGGAGGUUCUAGCCGCGCCGGACCGCGCGCCUUUAGCUCUCCUGGCCCUGCGGUGCGCGUGCCCUGAAGAUGCACGCGCGUCCCCUCUGCCCAACGAAGCCUGGGCCGCGUUGCGCCGCCGCCACCCUGGGCUGGAGGUGGAGCUGGAGUUAGAGCCUGCGCUGCCUGCCGAAAUUGUGACGUGCGUCCUGCAGCCAGCAGUGCCAGUGGCUGCGCUGCGCCUCAAUCUCUCCAGCGACACGGUAGGGCCAGUGCGCUUUGCGGCGCGCCACUACGCCGCAACCCUGCGCGCGCUCGAGGUGCGCGCCAGCGCUUCCGCCGAGCUGGACGCUGCGCUCGAAGAGCUAGCGGCGUGCUGCGCUGGCCUGCGCGAGGUGCACUGCUUCUGCGUAGUGAGACCCUCUGUGCGGGACGCUUUCUGCGCACACUGCCCGCGCCUGCGUGCUUACACGCUCAAACUAACGCGCGAGCCCCAUCCCUGGCGGCCCACGCUUGUGGCAUGAGUGGGCAACCCCUCCUCUCUCCCAGACAUGUGAGACCUCUGAGAUGCGAAACGGGGGUGGCCCGGCCCUCCCCUACUGCUAGCCCCUUUCUUCGCGAUUGUGGCCUCCUGUGCCUCUCUGGGAUUGGGAAUUAUGGAAUGGCGUUGGGACCAGUCCAGGGCACCCUGAGUUCACUCGGUGUUAUUUUUGUUUGUUUGUUUUUGUUUUUGUUUUGAAACAGAGCCUCAAGCUA